GCGGUCGUGAGCAGACAAAAGCGCGCGUAUUUCCCGGGCGCAGGGAAAAUCAUCGCAUAAAUCCGCGUUCUGGCAUCGCGGGACAAAUUCUUUGUUGUGCGGAGACUGAUUGUGUGCCAAGAGAGGCAUUUUUAUUGGAUUCCCACAUUGAUUGGGCGGCUGUUAUUCCGGUGCGACAUCAAUGGGCUAUUGAAAAGCCAUCAAGUGCUCGGUUUGAUUGCCAGGCGAGUCCUGGCGAUGGGGCGGAACGCCGUGCAUUCAAAUGGAUGUAACGGCCAUGUGGAGCACCUUAAGUGAGCGAGUUGUGAAUUUGUGGAAGAACCGAGCGCCAUGCAACAUGGCCAGAAAUACCAAAGUCAACGGAGUCUCACAAUCAGCAGCAGAUGAUGCGAUGCAGGAGCAAGUUGUUGGCUUCCUCAGGAGUCACCCGGACUUCCUGGAGCACUACGUCAUGGAGGAGGUGGAGAUCGAGCAGCUGGAGCGAUGGAUGAUCCGGCGGAUCCAGCGCUCCAAGAAGCAGCCUCAGCAGCAAGCGCGCAAGACAAGCCUGUCACGAUGGCGAUUCUGCGUGCACGCCGACAAGAGGCAGAUGCUUCAGGAUCUCACACAUUCGCUUCAGUUGCGUCCCACGCGUUCGCACGUUCUAUACGAGCUGGGCUCCUGCAUCUCCAGUGCCGUCGGCGCGGACGGAUUCCGUCUGUAUCUCGCCGACAGCGGCAGCCCGGACGUGCUGAGUCUGUAUCUGGGCCACGAGACCCUGGCCGAGGACGGAGAGCCACGCCUGCACAAAGUCAAGUCCGGCCUCACAGUGCCCACGUACGUGGCCAGGACGCGGGAGCCGGUGAGGCUGUCGAAAGGGGACGUGGACGCGCGCUUCCCCGAGGGCAUCACCAACAAGGACACCGCGCACAUCCUCUGUCAGGCAGUGGUGCAACCAGACGGACAAUUGGUGGCCGUGCUGGAGCUCUGGAGGCGCGAGCACGGCGCGCCCUUUCACGAGGAGGACGAGGAAAUAGCGUACAGCUAUUUAGUGUGGGGCGCCAUCGCCAUUCACUACGCCCACCUCUUCCUCAACAUGAACAAGCAGCGGAAGUUGAAUGACUUCCUCCUGGCCGUCGUGAAGUCCAUUUUCCAGGAUAUGGUCAGCAUGGAUAUGCUGGUGAUGAAGGUGAUGAAUUUCGCACAGCGUCUCGUGGACGCCGACAGGGCGUCUCUCUUCCUCGUAGACGCCAAGAGCAAGGAGCUCUACGCCACUAUCUUCGACGUGGGCAACACCGGCAGCAAGCCGGACAGCGGCGCCGAAGAGCCGCGGCCGCCCAGCACACCCAAGGAGAUCCGCUUUCCGCUGGGCACAGGAAUCGCCGGCCAAGUGGCGCUGACUGGGGAGAUUCUCAACAUCACGGACGCAUAUGCGGACGAGCGCUUCAAUCGCUCCAUCGACCAGCUGACAGGCUAUCGCACAGAGUCCAUCCUCUGCAUGCCAAUCUUUAUCCGCGGCAACGUGAUCGGUGUGGUGCAGAUGGUGAACAAGCACUCGGGCUACUUCACCAAGGAGGACGAGGAGGCCUUCGAGACGUUCGCCGUGUACUGCGGCCUAGCGCUGCACCACGCCAAGCUGUAUGACAAGAUUCGGCGCUCGGAGCAGAAGUACCGCGUGGCGCUGGAGGUGCUGAGUUACCACAACACCUGUACAGAGGAGGAAGUGGGCAACUGCAUCGACGACCAGGAGGCGCCGCCGAUCGAGGUACUGCAGAACUUCUACUUCAGCGCGUUUGAGUUCGACGAUUUCCACAAAGUGCAGUUCGCCAUCACCAUGUUCACGGAUCUCUUCGGCCUGAGCCGCUUCGACAAGAUGAGUCUCAUCCGGUUCACGCUGACCGUGAAGAAGAACUACCGCCGCGUGCCGUACCACAACUGGACGCACGGCUUCUCCGUGGCCAACACGAUGUACAGCAUCCUGAAGCGCUCGAACGGCGUCUUCAAGUCCACAGAAUGCCUGGCGCUGUUCAUCGGCAGUCUCUGCCACGAUCUAGACCACCGCGGGAAGAACAACAAGUUCAUGCUGGACACGGAGUCGCCGCUGGCCGCCAUGUACAGCACAUCCACGAUGGAGCACCACCACUUCAACCAGACCGUGGCCAUCCUGCAGCAGGAGGGCCACAACAUCUUUGGCAAGCUGAGCAACAGCGAGUACAAGCAAGUGCUGGGCCUGGUGAAGCACUGCAUCCUGGCCACCGACCUGGCGCUCUUCUUCCCCAACAAGGCCAAGCUGGCGCAGCUCGUGGCCGAGGACAGCUUCUCGUGGAGCCUCCUGGAGCACCGCCUGCUCAUCCAAGCCAUCGCCAUGACGGCCAGCGAUUUGUCCGCCAGCGCCAAGCCCUGGGACAUCCAAGUGGAGACCGUGAAGGUGAUCUUCGAGGAGUUCUACCAGCAGGGCGACGCCGAGCGCGCCGUCGGCCGCCAACCCAUGGCCAUGAUGGACCGCAACAAGCCCGAUGAACAAGCCAACUCACAGGUGGGCUUCAUCACGGGCAUCUGCAUCCCGUGCUACUCUCUGCUGCAGCAUCUGCUGCCCGACACGCAGCCGCUGCUGAACAUGUGUCAGCAGAAUCUCGACCGCUGGCAGAAGAUUGCCGACGAGGUGCGCCAUGGCAAGUCCAUUAACGUCCUGCAGCUCAGCCGCGAUUACUGACCUCUCAACUAAAUGUAACAGCGCGCGGCGGCACAAUUGCGCGCAGCACAUAACUGUAAUGCGACAUAUCGAAAAAAGAAUACUUUUCGACUCCAAUACAGGCCUCAGAAGUCCUAAAAUAGCAUAUUAAUCUAUUGGGUAUUUCGCUAAUACAUGAAUCGAUGCUGCGCGCAAUUGUUCCGCCAUCGCCUGUCUGUGUAAAGAAAAUGACAUGAAAGAGACAUGAAUCAAUUUCCGGUAAAUGUGAAACAUUUCUUGUGUGUAGUUUGCACAACAGAGAGUGCAUCCUCUGCUUCUAAAAGGCUAUUAAACAACCAAUUAAAAAUAUAAUUAAUGUAAGCAAAAGGUUCUUCUGUUGUCUCUCGACCAACCAACUCUAUUUUCCACAUCCCUCUAGUGAAACUCUAAACCUGAAAGUGAGUUCUAUCGCCUCCUUCCAUGGAAAGUGAAAAAAAAAAGAAAACCAUCUCUCCAUUCACAGUUACUCAUCAAAUUCUCUCUAUUUGCUGUGUAAAUUAUAAAUUUUCAUCAUUCAAUAUCACAAAUUCACUAUUUCAAAAUACUUCCUUUUACAACUUCAACUUCAUAGCAAAGUGACGAGUAAAAGAGGGCGCAAAGUCUUUAUCAAAUAUCAAUACAUGGAUGUGUGUGUGUCUGUGACAUAGUUUUUAGAUAUAAACGUACAAUGUAAUCAAUAUCGUAAAGAGAAAAAAUUAAUUUAAAA